AUUUAGAGUUUGGUUGACAAUAACUCCACUGCAAAUAAGUAUACUCAUUCUGUUUCGUGUAUGCUGUAUUUUCUUACACCCCCAAAUCAAUGAAGUUUGACUUUGUCUGCUUCUGAUCACUGUAAUAACCCAGUCUCGCUUUCAAUAUCACUUAAUGGAGAUAUUUUAAUGUUGUAGGCCUAUCCGUGAAAUUUGAGUUCUUCCUGUCGUUAAUAUGAGAUACAAGCUUCGAGGCUGGCCUGUUCAUGUGAGUUUGUGUUGGUAAUCAAAGUUUUUGGACUUCCGGGUUGAUUCUACCACUUGAUACUCUUGAAAAUGUUGGUUCGCGAUAUGUCAACGCCGGUGUCAACGUGCUUUGGAUGACGAUCAGUGCGUCAUUUAGAAUAGGCCUACACAAUGCAGGUAUUUUUUUUAGUGGGCAUGUCCAAAUCUGAAAGUCACAAUUGCAGUGAUAUGAUAACGAUGACAAGACAUCACUUGCAAUGGGGGCCGCUUGUCAAAAGGAGAAUAACUGGCAGACUGAAAUAUUUUUGAGGAAAUUAAGCUCCAGGAAAAAAAAACAUGAUAAGCAGACAGAUAACACAGAUGGCAAGUCAGUGAUAAUCGAACUCAGUAAGAAGGAACAGAAUGAACAAAAGAAGACAAUCGUUGUUCCUGAUGGUGAUUUUCUUCUCUACUGGUUGACAGUGGUCAGCAUUGCUGUGGUGUAUAAUCUCUGGGUGUUGAUUGCCCGUGAGGCCUGGCCAGAGCUCCAGGAUAAGAGUCCCGUUGGUUGGUUCAUUGCGGACUACUUCUGUGACUUUAUCUACAUUCUUGACAUCGUGGUUCAGGCACGUACUGCGUACCUAGAGCAUGGUCUCCAUGUUGUAGAUGAGAAGAAACUCCUAAGACACUAUGUCCGAUCCAGGUACUGCAUCAUAGACAUCCUCUCUCUUCUACCAACCGAUCUAUUCUAUCUCCUGGACACUAGGCGUCUACAUCCUAUUGUUAGAUGUCCAAGACUUAUUCGGAUCUACAGAUUCUAUGGGUGGUAUAUAAAAGUCGAGUACAGAAUACAGUUUCCGAAUGUCUUCCGUGUCUUAAAUCAUAUCCACAUACUGCUGUUAGGACUUCACUGGACCGGUGCAGUAUAUUAUCUUAUCAGCACAAGCAAAGCGAUUGUAGGAGCAAACCCACAACCAAAUGAGUGGGUAUUGUCGGAUCCCCUCGGAAGGAAUGCAACGUUGGUUCAUAAAUACCUAACUUCUUUCUACUGGUCAACAUUGACAUUGACCACUAUAGGCGACCUCCCGUCUCCCAGCUAUGAGAUUGAGUAUGUCGUGCAAAUAGUUGGUUAUCUGGCUGGUAUUUUUAUCUUCGCUUCAGUUGUAGGGCAGGUCAGUGCCAUCAUUUCCAAUCGUAAUGCAACUCGGAUGGACUUUGAGUGCCAAGUAGAUCAUGCUAAGAGAUACAUGAGAAGAAACAAUGUUCCGAGAUCACUUCAAUUACGAGUACUAAGAUGGUAUGAUUACACAUGGUCAAGAGGGGCCACUCAUGGACAAUGUGAUGUUAAUUCCUUGGGUCUUCUUCCAGACACACAUCGGACAGAACUCGCUCUUCAUGUCAAUCUACAAACACUCAAAAGGGUUUCGCUUUUCAGGGUAUGUCCACCAGAAAUCUUGCCUGAUUUAGUUCUUCGGAUGAAAUUCCGCAUAUGUACCCCUGAUGAUAUAGUUUGUAAGCUAGGAGCGAUCGCACGGGAGAUGUUCUUUAUAUCGGAUGGCCUUUUCAAAGUUACUGAUGGUACAGGUCGGGUAGUAGCUUCUCGGGCUUCUGGUGAAUACUUCGGAGAGAUCGGCAUACUCAACUUGAAAGAAAAUAGUUACAGGAGGACGGCUAACGUGCAAUCGGUGGGAUUCUCCGAGCUCUUCACACUUUCUAAAGAUGACAUCAUUGACGUUCUUAAAGAUUACCCAGCAGUUAUGAACACGAUACAAGAGGAAGGGAUGCGAAGACUCGAGACACUGAGGCCACAGCCUAACAAACCCGACAAUGACGCCGGUGAUGGUCACGCUGAAACGAAUGUUGACGACGAUAGUGAUGAUCAAGUCAGUAGAGACACAGAAAUUCUUGCAUUUGAUCCACCACUGGGAACCACUAAGAACAAACAAGAUGAAGCAGAAGUACACGACCAAAGCCAGAAUUCAUUAGUAACACAACGGGUUAGCGUAGUCGAGACCAAAGUACAGGACAAAAACAUGGCAUCGUCAACAACCUUGGGAUUGGAAGAAACGCUAUCGGACAAAAUCGGCCCAUUCGCUCAAGUGGUAAGGAUUAUGGAAGAAGAAAGAAACACACUGAGAGAGAUGAAUAGGACACUGCAACAAGUUAACGAGACAAAACACGCAAAUAUUCUAGCACUUGAAAAGCGAAUAGAUGAAUUCGAGGAAAUUCAAGGGACAACAACGGACAGAAUAAAGACACUCGAACGAGAGAACGAGUCAAAGGAAGCAACCAUUCAAGAACUGAAGAAACAAAUACAGUCAUUAGAGGAUGUAGUGACCAAUGGCAGAGAGUGAACUUGUCUAUCAUCAGAUCAUGCCUAUGGUUGAAUCUGUUCCAGCUAUUAAUAGAAGACCGUUGAGACAAAACAUUAUGUAUAAAAUGAAUGAGUUGGAACAGAUGCAAUCUUUAUCUUAAUUUUAAAAUUUAAAUUUUCGAAAAUGUGUAAGUUCAAAAUGGUCAUGCGGUUUCUUUGUCCGGAGUCAGCUCUGAAUUUAUUAUCUCUUUCCAUAUAUUCUGAUGUUUAUUGUAAUAAUGUACUUUCUUGAUUAUUAUUUUUGUCUUUCUUUCUGUAUUCGGUGCAUUUUCUGUGCUAAAUAUUGGGAAAGUCAAACGUCUGAAGUGUUGUGUGUGAUUAAAACGGUAUUUGUAAUUCAGGUCAGUAAAAAAUAUCGGAUUGUUUUCUUUACCUAAAUCUAACUAAAUAUAAUUAUGCCUGGUUCCUUUGUUUUAUUAAUUCUAUAAUCGAAACUAAACUCAUUUUCAUUCUAUCUAUUUAUCUAAUGUACAACUUGCAUGUUUUUAUUUUUUUCUCCCUUCCAUCGUUGUCAAAAACCUUAUCUAUCAUUGUGCCAAAGAAAUUGGGAAGAGUUCUUAUAGCCUACGUCUGUCGUGGAUUCAGAAAAAAAAACACACGACCGUAUAGUGGUAUACAUCUAUUUAGUAUAUAUCGCCGUCCAUUUUCAUAUAUUAAGCCCAGCCUUGAAUAAUGCUAAUUGAUAUUCACGAUGUAAUAGUUUAAAUUGUUCAUGUUUUGUCUCGACAUUUAUACAUUCCAUGUUAUUCGCUAUCAUCAUAAUUAUAAUGCUUACUUUGUUGUAAUAGGUCCAAAGUGUCUCCGGGAGGCCGAAUAUUGAUGUGUACACAUGUGGUUAAAUAUUCUGUAUAUGAAGUACCGAUAGACAAAUUAGAUAGCUAAUAUGAGAAUAAAUUGAUCAUUUUAGGUCGAUGAUAUCCGAAAAUGAAGAUUUCUGAGGCCCUUGUAUACGUAAUUAAGUAGAUUAAUUUUAAUUUCACGAAAUGGUUCACUGAAUAUUUUCUUCUUUUUUCUUGAGAAAAAAAUCCUUUACAAGAAAGGUUACUCUCGUUUGGAUUGAGAAAUUACUUAGAUUUAAAUAUGCCUUAUUAGCAAAAAUAAAUUAUAUUCCAUAUUUGUCAAAUAUCACAAUUAUAAACAUGCUUGACAAAUGAACAAACACCGUUUGCUUUACAAAUUCAAAGUAUGCUUGGAAAAAAAAUAUAUAAAGCAGGCACAGAUUCAGGCCUUUAACAUGUUGGAUGAGGGGGUGUGUGCCUCCCAUUUUGGCUGAAAGAUGCACCCGGUUGUACGUGACAAGAAUUAAAGUGCCCAUUUUGGAAGUAAAGAUGGGUUUCGAUUAUUUGUUGUCAGAGCCCCAUUUUUUUCUAAACAAAAUCGAUCCACUUUCAGUUCCCAUCUCCUUUAUCAUGAAAUCCCGGAUCCACCCAGAUUCAAACAUCACAAUCUUCAUUCCGUUUACAGAGAAACACUAUUCCAAGCAUUAGCCCCUGAUGAUAUAUGUUUCAGAUGGGGGAGGCAAAGUUACAAAAAGUGUCCAAAACGUUCGGCUCGCUUUGCGCAUCGAAUUAGGAUACAGAAUUUCGCGCGCAUGCGCGCCGAAAAGUUUAUAAUUUUGUAUCUUUAAUAGUAUUUUAUUGUUUCAUGGUUUUACAGUGCUUUACGAUGCCUCUUCAAACAUUCAUUACAUAUUAUGAAUUUUUUCAAGUUGUCAAAAUUAUAAGGCAGAGGCUAAUCAAAGUGUUUGCCCCAAUAUUUUCACGGGGCGUCCCCUGCCCCCGGAUGCAUGUUAACGUAAUAAGAGAAUAUUAGCUCUUUAGAAUUUGUGAGUAUAAGACAAUUUUGAGAAGCGGGUUUUUUAAUGAUUUUUUUUCUCUAAAAUUACGAGCAAACGAAGCAAGAGAGUCGACCGGCCAUAUAUCAAAAGAAAUUUUUAUAAAAUCAUAUCGCUGAAAUAUUGAAUUAACCCCUCCCCCAAAAUAAAUAAAUACCAGUUUAUAUUUUGGAUGGAUGGGUGGUAGCCCCAAAACCAGUACGCCAAUGGUAUUUUGUGAUGCCAAUCUAUCCUCCUGAUUAUCCUCCACUUGACCUUGUUAGUAAGUAAAGUUACACCCCUAUUACCUUGUAUGCUGCCUCGGCUCGUAGUCUACAGGCACAGACCCUGAUUGGAACUUUGAUCAACAAGUGUGCCUCCACGCAAAGACUAGCACAUACCUGAGCGAGAGAGCCUUCAGUAUACAAGGCAUGAGUAGGCUGCACAUUCAGACCCUUAACUCUAGUGAAGGGUUUGCCCAGCAGACUACUCGGCUCACGGGGUAGACCCAUGAGCCGGGGCAGCGUGUAAAUACUGUAUGUGUAGCAUCAAACCUUAUUGUAAUUAUAAUUAGGUGUGUUUUUUUUGUAAAUCAUGUAAAUUCCUCCUUUGCUCAGUACUUUGUCAUGUUUAUACAGUUUCUAGCAGUCAUUUAAUUUGAACAGUACUAUUGACGAAUUACUUGCAUUUGAAGGAAAAGAACAGAAUGUGCCAAUAAAUUGAUUUUUGUUAUUCGCCA